AUUAAAAAUUGUUUUGUUUUGUGAAGCGUCGGUUUUGUGUUGUCGAUUUUCCAUUAAAAUGUUUAAUUAACGAAGUCUUUGAACUGAGUACUGCGUGUGAGAAAUGUUCUUCAUCAAUAAUUUAUGAGUAUAAAUGUAUAUUCGUCUUAGAAACUUUCCACCGGUAACCUAAAAGUGUAUCAACAAUGUCUGAAACAUCUUGUUAUAUCCUCGACAAUGGGGGCUACACUGCCAAGGUGGGGUUCUCCAACAUGGAGCCAAAGGUAGUCCCGAACUGCAUCAUGAAAGCCAAGUCAGAAAGACGGCGUCCAUUCAUCGGGUCACAGAUAGACGAUUGUCGCGACGCCUCUGGACUAUUCUACAUUCUUCCUUUCCAAAGAGGUUUUCUUAUCAACUGGGACACCCAAAAAACUGUCUGGGACUACAUGUUUAGCAAGGAAUGCUGUCCUGUGAACUUUAGUGAGACACCUUUGAUUAUAACAGAGCCAUUAUUUAACUUUGCCUCCAUACAGGAGGCUAUGACUGAGAUUUUCUUUGAAGAAUACGAAUGCACGUCGUUAUUAAGAAUAAAUGCUACAGAUUUAGCUGAUUACAAGUAUAGGAAAGAUCAUAAAAACAAAUGCACACUUGUGGUAGACACUGGUUACAGUUUUACAAACAUAGUUCCUUAUAUUGAUGGCAAAAAGUACCGGGAGGGCAUAAGACGGAUAGAUGUGGGUGGGAAAGUGCUGACAAACCAUCUGAAAGAGGUUCUAUCAUAUAGACAGCUGAAUGUAAUGGAUGAGACUUUUGUUAUCAAUCAGGCGAAGGAGGAUUCAUGUUUUGUGUCUCAAGACUUUUUAGCAGAUAUGGAAAUUGCAAGAAAGAAAGGCCCAGAAAACACGAUAGUCAAAGACUACGUUCUUCCAGACUACACGUCAAUCCGGCGCGGGUUCUUACGAGACAUCGUCAAACCGGACGAGGAAUUGGAACAGCAAACUCUUCGCUUAAACAACGAAAGAUUCGCCAUACCUGAAUUGCUAUUCCACCCUUCAGAUGUAGGCAUCCCUCAGAUGGGCAUACCAGAAGCUAUCAUGAAUUCAAUAGCGGCCUGCCCAGAGGAACAUACAGAGAGUUUGUUAGAAAAUAUCGUUUUGUAUGGAGGCAAUGCUAUGUUUCCUGGUUUCCGAGACAGGGUCUACAAUGAGGUCCGAUCCUUCGCGUUGGAUCAUUUCGAUGUCAACGUAACCAAAGCGGAAAAUCCGUUGACUUAUGCCUGGGAGGGUGGAAAGCAGAUAUUCCGAGAUCCUGAUUUCUAUUCGUUUUGCGUGACGAAGGAAGAAUAUGAAGAAGAAGGGAAGGCAUUAGCUUUCGAAAGAUUCGAUAUAUAACGUCGAAAACGAGCGAGGAAGUCUUCAGAUUAAGUCUUCUGUCGCUCGGUAAAAGUUUUCGGUCGAACAGUGAGGACAUUGUCGAAAGUGUAUUUGUGAAGGAUAGCUAAGACAUAUGUUAUGAAUAUGAAUAAUGAUGUAUUAAUUAUGAUGAUAGCAAUAUAAUCAUAUUUUUGCGUAA